UUCUACCUCCCGUCAAACGAGGACCUACUUGUGUGUGUGCGCGCGCGCGGCCGCUCGUGUGUGAACGCUGGUGAUGUCACACUGGUGUGGGUCAUUUGAAGGUUAGCAGCCUCAGAAGGGUUCAUAGAAAGUUCACUCGCAUAUAUUAGGCAACUCAGUCUUUCAUUGUGUUGGAAUGAACUAGUGCGAAAUGGGCAGCGUUCGGGCAUUAGCGCAGAUCAGUCAUUGCGCUUUUAAACGCGAUAUAUUCAUAACAAUAUCACUCAUUAUGGAGAACUGCUAUCGGUAACAUGAACCGGACCGACCACAACACCGAGCAAAACGACAUUUCCAUGCGUUAAGCGACAAAUGUUUUCAUUUAGCAAAAGCGGAGAAGCGCUAGUGAUGAACGGGAUGUGUUUGGGAUUUUUGCCGUGUUGUCUGGCGAUCGUCUGUGGAAACCGAAAGAGAUUAGAACGUGCCAAAGCUCAUUGAGAGUUUGAUGGAGUUUCUUUAAACAGUUCAAGGACAAUCAGAGUCAUUUUCGUCUUUUUCAGUGAUAAAGUAGAUGAUGUUUGACUGCAUGGAUGUGUUAUCGGGACACAUGCUGGAGUUUUACUCUUCCAGUCCUUCAUCAUGUAUGUUACAAGAGAAAGCGCUGAGCGCGUGCUUCAGCUGGCAUCAGCGGCGCACCAAACAAUCCAUCGAGACUCAGAGCACCAGUUCUGAGGAGUUGGUCCCUAGUCCCCCAUCUCCUCUUCCUCCUCCACGAGUCUACAAACCCUGUUUUGUCUGUCAGGACAAAUCCUCGGGGUAUCACUAUGGUGUCAGCGCUUGUGAAGGCUGCAAGGGUUUCUUUCGCAGAAGCAUCCAGAAGAACAUGGUGUACACAUGUCACAGGGAGAAGAACUGCAUUAUCAACAAGGUGACGCGAAACCGUUGUCAGUACUGUCGCCUGCAGAAGUGCUUUGCUGUGGGAAUGUCCAAAGAAUCUGUCCGGAAUGACAGGAAUAAAAGGAAGAAGGAGAUUCCAAAGCAGGACUUAACUGAGAGUUAUGAACUGACCGCAGAGAUGGAGAUCGUAAUUGAGAAGAUAAGAAAAGCACAUCAGGAGACAUUCCCUUCACUCUGUCAGCUGGGCAAGUACACCACGAACUCCAGUUCAGAUCAUCGUGUGCGGUUGGAUCUGGGUCUCUGGGAUAAGUUCAGUGAACUAGCUACUAAAUGCAUCAUUAAAAUUGUGGAGUUUGCCAAACGAGUUCCUGGUUUCACUGGACUCACUAUGGCUGAUCAAAUCACGCUACUCAAAGCCGCCUGCCUCGACAUACUGAUCCUGCGUAUCUGCACACGCUAUACUCCUGACCAGGAUACAAUGACGUUCUCUGAUGGGUUGACGCUAAACCGCACACAGAUGCACAAUGCUGGCUUCGGGCCGCUCACUGACCUGGUGUUUACCUUCGCCAAUCAACUCCUGCCGAUUGAGAUGGACGACACAGAGACAGGACUGCUGUCUGCUAUCUGCCUCAUCUCAGGAGACCGGCAGGAUUUGGAGGAGCCCUCUAAGGUGGACCAGCUCCAGGAACCUUUACUGGAGGCACUAAAAAUCUAUGUGAGGAAGCGCAGACCCAGUAAACCACACAUGUUCCCCAAGACACUCAUGAAGAUCACAGACCUGCGCAGUAUCAGUGCUAAAGGUGCAGAGCGUGUGAUUUCUCUAAAGAUGGAGAUUCCUGGAUCAAUGCCUCCUCUGAUUCAGGAGAUGCUGGAGAACUCAGAGGGACAACAGGAUGGGCAGAACUCCACAGAGCGGAGUGGCCCGGAUAAGAGGAAAAGCAGCUCCAAGCCCUCCGCCCCUUUUCCAAAGCCCACGGACGGCACCGAUGCGGCUUCCUCUAGUGAGAAACCCUAAAACCAUCCCUUCAGACUGUCAGAGAUUACUUUGCACAGUACAGGUGAACUGGAGGUGUGCCUCUUAAGCCUUCAGUGUUUUUCUAAAUGAUUUAUUUUACCCUUUAUCCUGCUUAGAGAACAAAUAAUGACCUACUGGUUUUAACAGCUGUGACAAAUGUGAAGCUCCUCAGGUCCCCUGUAUGGAUUUCUUCAUGUGCAUGAUAAGCUCUUACUUUAAAUAAGUGAUUUUUGCUGUUGCUGUGUACAUUGUACAUAAUAUCAUCAUGCAGUCAUAUCUUUGUUUUUAUGACAUAUUUGGAAGUGCUUUUGCAUCGUCUUUGAAACUGCAAUACAUUCAAUUUAAACUUACUGAUACACGUAUAUAAAUGCUACUAUUUAGAUUUUCUUGCAUAGAGGCAUGGAAGUCUUAAUAUUUCACAUUUGUUUGUAUAUUUAAUGCUGAGAUUGCACUCUAUUCUUUUUUGUUUUUAAUAUAUGGUUUUAGGCCUUUACAUGGAAGAAGACUUUAGACUGUAACCAACCAAUCAUGUAGUAGAUUAACUCUUAAAUCUGGAUUUUGUUUCACAGCAACAAAUCCAAACACUUAAUCAGUGUUACUGUAGAAAAAAACUCUUGUUUUACAGUUUUAUUCAUUUAAAGAAUUAACUAUAACUAUUAUUUAAAAUGAAAACGUCAUGUAAAUCCAUGUUUUUUAAAUAAGAAUGUCAAGCAGUGAAACUGUUCCUUUUGUUUAAAUAAGAAAUACUUGUCAUGGUCUGAUGUGUGUUUUCAGAUGAUUCCAGUGCAGUGGAUAGUGGAAGUCUUAUUUAAGUCUUUUGGAACGGUUAAGGUUCAUUUCAUCACUCUAAACGCACAUGGAUUCAGGGUCAAAUUACCAGAAUCGUCUACUGUAUAUCACUUACAUGAGUGUCUUUUUUUGCAGUAAAUCAACGGGUCAUUGCAGUGAUUUGCAUCAUGCCUAAAAACCCACACGGCGAGCAGAUUGUACAUUAACGUCUGUGUUCAUUCGGUAGGGAACCUGGUUAUUAUUACGUGGAUCAUUUUUGGGACAUUUUCUGACAGGGUGAUAUGACAGACUUUACUGUAGCUAUGAUCAGUAAGCUGUGGCUCUUAACCAAAGAGCUUUAUUUAAAUUGAUUGUGAGUUUGUAAAAUACCUCAUAAUGAAAUGCAAGUGUUUCUGGGUUACAAUCAUUGGCUGAUUUAUGACUAGAGUCAAUGCAAAGCAUCUUUAUAUAUAAUAUAAAGGCUUUGGCAUGGGUCGCCCUGUAAACUCGUUUUUCUGCAUCAAGACAAUUUGUUUUCUUUUUUCUCACUGCACUUAAACCGAACUCUUGAGGGGACAGGAGACAUGUAACUUAAUAUUACUUAACAUCAAUUUCUGUCCUUAUUUGACCUUUCUUUUGCCUUCUAAGGGUGAAUGAUUGACAUGUUUUUCUCUGUUCCCUUUUAGUCGGUCACUCCGAUGUCACGGCAAACUCUUUGGGAACUCGCUUAGAGAGACCAAUCUGCUUGGUGUGUCUAAAAAAGAGGCAAUGAAUAUUGGCAUGCAGUAUUUCCAUCUGCGAGUAUAAAUUGAGCAGCAGGUGCAAUGCAUCUUCUCUUUGGCAUCGGGGCAGAGUGUCUCUACUUAGUAGAACUGUGUGUGCUGGGAGCUUUUUCUCUGCUGUCUUAAAGACAUCUUUGGCGUAAAGGUGUUACAGUGGUUGUCUCCGCCUGAUUUUAACAUCAAGUGUGCGGUGGCCAUUUCCCCUGUCUGCCUCAUUGAACGCAAAGACAGCUUUCCCUAAAAGGGCUUGUAUGAGCUGAUUUGAGUCUUUUUAAAGACUUUUUCUCCCAUGUUCACGGGUGCGUCAGCAACUUUUUAAAGAUGUCUUUCCACCCGUGUGUUUCUGUGUGCAGCCGGUAUUUCGCUCCCGCGGAUGGUCAUGAUUGCUGUCUCAUGUAUUUGGGUAUUCAGCACGCUGAGGCGGCUUUCGUGGAUAGUCAUGUUCCCAAUGCGGAAAGAUGCCCAUAGCGGAUCUGAGAAUGCGACUCCCAGGCCAGCCUCUUCCAACAGUUCUUGGCCGCUCAGAAGCAGACUGUGGUGAUUAGUCACAUCCUGCCCCUACGGAAAGCUUCUACAUCCUCCCAUCCGCAGUGGCGCAGUUUGCUCCUCGCCGAGGGCGCCCUCCGGUGGCCUCCCCCGAACCUCCUGCACCAAUUCCUCCACUGGAGAAGGGUAGAUGGAGAAUCUUGUGUUUCCUUUUGUUUCUGUUCUGCUGGCACCCACUCCAUCAAAAAAGAGCAGGUUCCCUAUUCCUUCUCCAGGUCUCCAGAGGACGCAGGGGGUUAUGGGCGACGCAGAGUCGACCCAUCGUCCCUUCCCUCUGUCGCCAGCAGACAUGCCUGGACAUCCAGAGAAUCCAGCCAUGAUCCAGCAGUCCAACUAUGGCCUAUGCCGCACACACCGACCUCUCCCCGUCCUAUGCACAUACAAGGCACAUGGCAACCAGCACCCUUGCUUCGCUUGGCUGCCCCACUGUGGGUACAUCUGUGGUGCCCCUAGUCCCACUAGCACAAUUCCUGGGAGCCUGGUUAGAGCUAUCCAGCCCGUUGCGAUUGCUCAUCCACACCAUCAGACUCGGCUAUGCAAUUCAGUUCACCCAGCGUCCCCAUAAGUUUGCCAGCAUCCACUUCUCUUUGGCUGCAGAUGCUAACAUCUUGCGCAUGGAGUCAGCCGACAUGAGGUCUGGGUUUUACAGCCCUUACUUCAUACUACCCACGAAAGGUGGUGGGUUACGAUGGAUCUUGGAUCUGCGUAGUCUGAAUCACGCACUACACAAGAUGCUGUUCAAGUCGCUUUCACAGAAAUGUAUUUUCCAAUGUGUCCAUCACCAAGAUUGGUUAGCAGCCAUUGACCUGAAGGAUGCAUACUUUAAUGUCUCAAUUGUCCCCCAACACAGUAUUACAUUUCAGGCUGUCCCUUUCCCCCCACAUCUUCGCAGAGGCUGCCCUCCACAUCCAGGCAGUCCAGCUUAUAUGGAGAUAUGGAGACAUUUUGGGACAGCACAGAUAGACUUGUUUGCAUCCACAGAAACUUCCCACUGCACCUGUUUUAUUCUCUGACCAAGGGAACUCUCGGCACAGAUGUGCUGGCACACAGCAAAUAUGCGUUUCCCCCAGUGAGCCUGCUUGCACAGAUGCUGUCCAAAGUCAGGGAAGUCGGGGAGCGCAUCCUACUAGUGGCUCCUUACUGGCCCAUCAGGAUGUGGUUCACAAAACUUGUACUCCUCGUGACAGCCCUAUGGUGCCCCCUCCCUGAGAAAGAAUAUCUUUUCUCUGGGAAAUCCCCCAGGGAGGGGGCAUCAUAUGGCACCCAGUCCAGACUUGUGGAAUCUCCACGUGUAGUCUAUGGACAGGAUGGUUCUAAGUGGCUCACCCCAGGAGGUAUCGAACACAAUCCCUUUGGCAUGAGCACCAUCUACGAGACACGCUUCUCUGCGAGAAGACCCCAGAAGAUGCCCGGUCAGUAUCCUGCUCUCUUUUUUAGCAGCAAUGGUUGGAGAGGAGGCUGUCCCCCUCCACCUGGUCGUCAGGUUCCUUAGAGAGGCGAGGAGAUUAAAUCCAAUUUGUCCUCCCUCUAUACCCUCUCGGGACUUGUCCAUGGUGCUGAAGUCUCUCCAGGGUACCUCUUUGCAUUCAGCGCAUAUCAAGUUUCUGCCUAUGAAAACUCUGAUCCUGCUUGCACUGGCCUCGAUAAAGAGGGUAGGGGACCUGCAUGCAUUUUCAAGAGCAGAGCAGUGGGCCUCCAGGAAUAACGUUGAGAACCACUGGUCUAAGUGUUACUGAGUGGGUUAUAUCGGACAGCAGUGACCAGCCUUCUCAGCAUAGGACCCUGUCCCGUCUACUCUAAAACAAGGGGCAGGAGGCCUAUGCAGGGCACUGGAAGGGGCAGCACUCCAUGGAGCUUUGGUAGGGAUCCCAAUUCGUUGCUCACCGAUGUGACGUCCUGUUGCCACGGUUGCUGUACCAUUCCCGAGGUGGCCGGAGCUCUCAGGCUCGGCCCCUCAGUGAAAAGUACUAAUGCAUUGCACCUGCUGCUCAAUUAUACUCGCCCGGUGGGGGAGUUAUUCAUUGGCUCUUUUUGGUCUCUCUAAGCGGGUUCCCAAUUCGCCGGUCACCGACGUGAUGUCUCCGUUCCCUUCCUUCAGGGAACGAGGGUUACAUCAGUUCUUUCACAACCUUUAUAACUAAAUAUAUUUACAAGAAAUUUUAGCAUUCUUGUUCAGUGUCUUUUCUAUGUAAUGCAAGGGAAUUGAGAUUUGAAAAUUAAGACAAAAAGCACUUUUGCUUUUAGAUAUCAAUAUAACUUGGCACUCUUUGAUAUGAGAAAAAAGGCUGUGAAAAUAAAUCUGCACUGUAUUUUUUGAUCUUCUACUUUUCCACUUUAAGGUCCUGGAAAUUGUGGCACCGAUUUUUACUGUUUACCACCCAAGGCCUAUCCCAUUUUUUAUUUCAUUUUAUCACUUUUUUUAAUGAAAGAUCAAAAGUAUAGACAAAGCAACAUAAAGGCUGCUAAUAAUUCUAAUCAGAACUGUAUCCAUGUGAAUGUCAUUUAAAGGCGAAGUCCACAAUGUUUGAAAGCCAAUGUUGAUAUUUGAAAUCACCUAAACAAACACGCCCCUACCCCAAUAGAAUCUGGACCUUCUGUUGAUAGACCCGCCCCACACAUAUGCAACCCGGCAAGGAUGUUGGUUAGUAGACACGCUCCUUACUGCUAUUGGCUAUAAGUGUGUUUUGGUAGUCGGCCCGUCUCCUUUUCCAAAGCGUUUUUCAAACAUCGUGGACUCCGCCUUUAAGAAAUGGUCGAUUUUCAGAAAACAAAAUAAAAUGUUGUGUACCUUUUUGCCCUUUUUGGAGCAUGACAGCUGUGUUCACUGGAUGCUUUUAUUUAAUGGAAAACAUCAGCAUGAACAUCUCAUAUUGUGUUCUACUUUGGGUUCCACUUAAAAAAGGGUUGUAAUUGCCAUUUUUGGAUGAACUUAUAUGACCUUCACACAAGUGGAAAAGGUGAAUGUUUGUUUAAGUAUAUGAUAUGCAGAACUUAUCUUUCUGGCUCUCAGACCUUCAUCACAUGUAUUUUAGGAAGGAGUUCUGUAUCCAUAUUUUGUCUUUCACAAUGAAAGCUUUUUGUUUUUGCUGACGCUGCGGUGAAAUGAAGCAGCUCAUGAAUGUCUUUUUAAACGUGACCCAUUAUAGUUCUAUUAUAGUAUGCAUACAAUCAGUUCUAUAAGUUAUGGAACCAUUAUCCAUUGGCAUUAAGAAAGUCUUAGUUCACAAAAAAAUCAUCAAUUAUCAUCAUUUGCAGUACCACAAAUCAGUAUGACAUUCUCUUGUAGAACACAAAAGGAGAAUUUUUCAUAAUUUUACUGGUUGCAAUGGCAAAUGCAUGAAAUAGAGCAAUUUAUAUUUUACAUUUACAUUCAUGCAUUUGGCUGUCGUUUUAUCCAAAGUGACUUACAUGCUGAUAAAAUACUGUAUAUCUUGUUAAACACUGUGUUCCUGGGAUCAAAUCCAAGACCUGAUUGCAUUGCUUACAAACUGCAUUACCAACUGAGCUAUAGGAACACUAUAUUUAAAAAAUUUGUUUUUCAUAUGUUCAAACUUGCUUUUGAAAAUCUUACUUGGAAACAAGGGUCAUCUAGAAUGAUCUUGUAUAGUCAACUCUGUACAUCUUGCCUUUAUUGUUGUGCUGAAUGUGAUGAUGUUUUAUGUUUGUAAUUAAUGUCACAGCACAGACACAACAGUGUGCUGAUAUAUCUUUAUUUACUAAUAAUGUUGUUCCUGUUGCCAUACUGUCCUGCUGGUUUAAAACGCUGCACAGGAUAAUAUCAAUCAAUCCAAUUCAUCUGUUUACAGUUUUUUUACAGACGCUAGGACACAUUUCUCAAUACUUAGGUCACUUUUGCUAAACUCUUCAGUUCUCCUAACCAACUUUCAGCUUGGCAAAGUGGUUCAUUUCAUAUCUCGUUCUUCAUAUUCAACAUAUGGCUCAGUGGUUUAUGUAGGUUGUCUACAAACCAGAAGGUUGGUGGUUCAAUCCCCGGCUCCAUUGGAUCAAGUGUUGAGGUGUCCUGAGCAAGUCACCUAACCCCAGCUGCUCCCGAUGAGCUGGCUGGCGCCUUGCAUGGCUGACACCGCUGUCGGUGUAUGAGUUGUUGUGCCUGAAUUAGAAAAGAAUUCAUGAAAUUUGAGUGCAUUUUGUGCCAAAGCAAUGAUAAUUGAUCCUCAGUUUAGCCCACAUUGACUUCUGUUGUGCUCACUGUGUGAAGAGUUUUGCAAAAGUGACCUAAGUAUUGAGAAAUGUGUCCUAGCGUCUGUAAAAAACUGUAUUAGAAAAACAGUUUUGAACCUAAUCAAACAGCAGGGUGAGCAAAAUCCAACAAAUAUCCAAAAGUCUGUCAGAGAAGAGAUUUGUCAACUCUUUCUUUUUAUAUCAAAGCUUUUCUGAAUUGCUAAAACACAUUUCUUGAAAUUUACACAAACCACAAAAUUCAAGCCACACUGUCAAAACCUGGGACUUGACUUGCUAAAUCAAACAAUUGUUUCGAAAUUAUAUUAUCUUUACACAAGGGUUUCCUGAAUGUCCUGACUAUGGAGGCCACUGAGAACCUGCUUACUGCACUGCAGAUUGAACAUGUAGUCCUGCUUCCCUUAUAUUCAUUUUAUAAACCAGAACAUUGUUGCUCUAAUUUCAUUUGAAAUUAUCGUUCUUCUUUCUUUUUUUCUGCUUCGUAUUGUGGAAAUCACACAAUGCCAUUUGUAUUUGACCUGGCUUUAUAUCCUGAUUACUGAUUAGGUUCAACACAUUACUGAUUGGACACAUGUCUGCUAACUUUUGAAUGGUUGUGUGUUAGUUGUGUUUAACUUUUGGGGCCUGUGUUGUGCCAUUCUGGGUUGAAGUGCACCACACUGCUAAAUGUGUUUUGGGAAUGAGAAUGUGUUUACAGUUUUACAAAAAUAGGUAUUUCAGAUUUGUACAUUGUGUCUUAAACACGCGAGGAGUGUAUAAAAUUUAGCAAACUGUAAUUCAAUCAAUAAAGCCGUUUUUACAUUUUUGUUUAGAAAUUGGGGUUUAGUGUAAUCAAUUCAGAAAAACUCUCAGUUGUCAAAAGCAUAAAUAAUUGCAACAGUAAUUUCGCUCUUUGUUAACUUGAUGGAUUACUCCUUUAACAUUUAAAAAGCAUUAUUUCUAAUUAAAAAAUAUAAGUUCAGAAAACGCUAGUCAGGAAACGGCAACCUUUUUUUUUCAAAUAACCUUUUACAGUGUUUUCUAAUUCUGUCAUGCUCUUAGGUGUGCAAUCUGCUUGUUAAUGAAUUUACGGACCCGAAGGGUUCAAAUAGUGAUAAUUUAAGAACAUUUUAUGGCAUAACCCUGUUUGUGUCAUUUCUGAACAUGUGUUUGUACAUUUCUCUUUUGCUUCUGUCUUGUACAAUAACAGUACUUUUUUCAUGUAACUAACUUUACCAACAAACCUUUUGGCAAAACAAUUACAAACGUAUUUAUUUUAAAAUAAAGAUGUGUGAAGGUAUUUGGACAUUUAAUUUUUUUAAUAUCUUGUCUAUUUCAUGUAUAUAAAUCGCUGUAUUAACCCUUUAUAAGACCCCAUAUUCCUGUAUACGUUAAAGUUCUGCAGGGGUAAAAAUGACCCCAGAGAUUAAAAGAGUGAUUAUAAACAAUAUAUACAUUUUUAAUGAUACAAAUAAUAUAAUCUAUACAUUAAUGCUGUGUUUUGGGAGAUAUGAAGUACUUUUGUACCUGUUUACCACUAAAUUCCUCAACUACACCAUUAGCUUGCCUGUAAAAUAUUAAAUUUUUGUGAACAAUUCACAUAAAUUAUGAUCUAAAUCUGAUUUAAAUUGUUUUUAGAUAUUGAUCUAGAUGUUGUGUUGAAUUCAGCUAUCAGGGGUCUCAUUUAUAAAACUGUGCAUAGGAUCCUUACUAAAAGUAAGAAAAAGAAUUAUGUAUGUUUUGACAAAUAGGUUAUUUGUUAUCUUUGAUUUAUAUUGAUCAGUGUUUGCUUGUCUCCAUCUGCCUGCUGCUUGUUUGUCUGUCAUAAUAAGCAGUUGCCUUGUAUAUUUGUCUUAUUAUUUGUAUUAGGCCCACAUUGUGAAGCGACCUUGGGUUCUUGAAAGGCGCUAUAAAAAGAAACAUAUUAUUAUUAUUAUUGAAAGUCUACGUAUCCACAAAAGUGACAAAAAUGGCAUACACCAAAAAUAUUAAUACUUGUAAAACAAAGCAAU